CCCACCAGGUAUCACUCACUCACUGAGACCACAUUGAAGGCCGCUGUGAGGGGCUUCGCGCUACUUUUAAAUCACCUCCAACUUUCUGUUGUUUUAUUUGCCAAACCCUGCAAAGACUCCACAAUGCGUGAAUGCAUUUCUGUGCACGUAGGCCAGGCUGGCGUCCAGAUGGGGAACACCUGCUGGGAGCUCUACUGUCUGGAGCACAACAUCCAGCCAGAUGGCCAGAUGCCUUCCCAGAAUGCCGAUACUCAGUCCAGACAAGCCCACGAUGACUCCUUCACCACAUUCUUUAGUGAUACCAGGUGUGGGAAGUACGUCCCCAGAGCGGUCUUUGUUGACCUGGAGCCCACUGUCAUCGAUGAAGUGCGAACAGGAACAUACCGCCAGCUUUUCCACCCUGAGCAACUGAUCUCGGGAAAGGAGGAUGCAGCUAACAACUACGCCCGUGGACACUACACCAUCGGAAAAGAGAUCAUUGAUCUGGUUCUGGACCGGAUCCGCAAAUUGGCUGACCAAUGCAGUGGUCUCCAAGGAUUCUUGGUCUUCCACUCCUUCGGUGGAGGAACUGGCUCUGGUUUCACCUCCCUGCUGAUGGAGAGGCUCUCUGUUGACUUUGGUAAAAAGUCUAAGCUUGAGUUUGCCAUCUACCCAGCACCCCAGGUUUCCACAGCAGUGGUUGAGCCCUACAACUCCAUCCUGACCACUCAUACCACCUUGGAGCACUCUGACUGUGCCUUCAUGGUGGACAACGAGGCCAUCUAUGAUAUCUGCCGCAGGAACCUGGAUAUUGAGCGCCCCUCUUACACCAAUCUCAACCGCCUUAUCAGCCAGAUUGUGUCCUCCAUCACAGCCUCCCUCCGCUUUGAUGGAGCUCUGAAUGUCGACCUGACCGAGUUCCAAACCAACUUGGUGCCAUAUCCCCGUAUCCACUUCCCUCUGGCCACCUAUGCUCCGGUCAUCUCUGCUGAGAAGGCCUACCAUGAGCAGCUGUCUGUUGCAGAGAUCACCAACGCCUGCUUCGAGCCAGCCAAUCAGAUGGUGAAGUGCGAUCCACGUCAUGGUAAAUACAUGGCCUGCUGUCUGCUGUACCGCGGCGAUGUGGUGCCCAAAGAUGUCAACGUGGCUAUUGCUACCAUCAAGACCAAACGCACCAUCCAGUUUGUGGACUGGUGCCCCACAGGCUUCAAGGUGGGCAUCAACUACCAGCCUCCCACUGUGGUUCCUGGAGGAGACCUGGCCAAGGUGCAGAGGGCUGUGUGCAUGCUGAGCAACACCACAGCCAUCGCUGAGGCCUGGGCCCGACUGGACCACAAGUUUGACCUCAUGUACGCCAAGAGAGCCUUUGUGCACUGGUAUGUCGGAGAGGGAAUGGAAGAGGGAGAGUUCUCCGAGGCCAGAGAGGACAUGGCUGCCCUGGAGAAAGAUUAUGAAGAGGUGGGGCACGACUCCACUGAAGAGGAUGAGGAGGGAGAAGAAUACUAAAAUGUAACUCGCUUUACCUCGUUUACCUGGGAUAUUUAUUUUCAAAGGGUAUAUCCAAUGUUUUAUUCAGAAGUGUUUGGGUUGUUCUCCUUUAAUUUUGUUCUCAUUUUUUUAAGAUGACCUGAACUUGCAUUCCAAGUUCUUAGUUGUGCCCAAUGUUUGCUGCAUUUGACAGAUGUGCAUGAGUAUAAUUUUUAACCAUGUUGAAUAAACACUUUCUGAAUA